UGGACUGCUGACGAGCACAGGCGAUUUUUGGAAGCUGUGAGGAUGUAUGGUUAUGGGAAUGCGCGUCAGAUCGCAGCCUAUGUGCAGACAAGAAACAUAACUCAAGUCCGAACCCAUGCUCAAAAGUACAUAUUGAAGCUCUCGAGGAUGGGAAGUUCGGCGCUCAAGCCU